AUGAGGGCCUCGUUGCUGUUGCUGGGGGGCAUCGUGGUAUUCUCGGUCGCAGUUGCGAGAGCUCUCUCCUGUGUCUGUUCACCCUUCGAGUGUGACAUUCUCACCGAUGAAGAUUGUCCCGGAGGCCUCACCUGGGAUCCCUGUAGAUGUUGUAAGGUGUGCGCUCGUGUCGAGGGAGAACCAUGCGGUGGUUUGUUUGGAUUUUCUGGAAGUUGUGCCAACGGCUUACAAUGCGUCAUCAAAAACUUGCUGCUCAACACUCGAGAAGUGGACGAGGGAAUUUGUACAAAGAUCCCGGGCAGAUGGAGGAGGCAUUGUCCGCACGGGCAGAUAAUGUCUGAACCUGGUUGCAACUUAGUGUCCGAGGGAACCGCCGGAGAAAACGGAAAUACCGUGUCUACUGGAAAAUGCGUUUGUGGACCGUCGGUGCCUUGGUGUCCAAACGAACCUCGUCCUUAUGAUUAUUCUACCCGACACGAGUGCAAGCUCAAUUUGGCCGCAAAGAUGAAUUACGAUCUCUUUAAUUCUGGAAACACGGAAAGCGACGAUAUUCAAGGAGACGCGCGUGGCAACGAGUGUCCAGAGGAUAGUGUUCAAGGGGAGGGCGGUGAGUGCAAAUGCGCGGCGGCCAUCGACUGUCCAUCGGUCGAGUGCGAAUCGGGUCAACGUCGGAUCCAGGUGAAGCCAGCGGAUCCAGAAACACCGGGUAGCUGUUGUGCUCGUUACGAUUGCCUGCCCUCAGACUCUCGAGAAUCGGAGCCGUGCCCCGAAAAUAGCGUGUUAACCGAGGAUGGAAAGUGCGAGUGCGCGCCCUGUCCAAGGCCUACCUGUCAACCGGGACAUCGUCCCGUUCAAGUGAGAGCUGCCCUGGAUCGCGAGACACCCGGUAGCUGUUGCCCUCUUUACGAGUGCAAACCCGCAGAGUCCAUCUCAUGGAUAAAAGUGGCAACCGAGAUGACGAAACCGCCUAAAUAUUGUAUUUACGAGGGCAAAGCGAGAGAGUUGAACGAACGAUGGCAGCCAUCCGACUGUGUUAGUUGCGUCUGCCAGGAGGACGGGAUGGUAUCCUGCCAAGAAUCAAUGUGCAAAUCCUGCGAGAACGCGAUUCCUCCCGAUCCUGGCGAAUGUUGUCCGCAUUGUCCACCGCUUACGAACACGACGUUCCUCCGAUCGGAGAUACCUUGUCAAACUUCUCUCGACGGUUGCGAAUUAACAUGCGAACACGGUUACGCGAAAGACGAAAGCAAUUGUCCCAUUUGUAGUUGCGAUAAAUCCGAGAGAAACGAUGUGAUAAUAACGGAUCGUCCUGCUACUAAUGACGAAUCCAAAAACAUUUGCCCAAAGUUUCACUGCGAUUUUGGUUGCAAAAUCGUAAAGGACGAAAAUGAUUGUUCGAUCUGCGAUUGCCAGACUUUUGAACAACCUACCACUGACACUGUAGCGAUCGACGAUGCCGGAAAAAGGAUUUGUCCCGAAGUGAAGUGCGAUUUGCACUGCGAACGAGGAUUAGUUAUGGACGAAAACGAUUGCACAUUUUGCAAAUGCCGAACGCCAGAAUCGACAAGUUGUCCACCUCUAAUCGGAUGCAGAAAACGAUGUGCGUUUGGUUACAAAACGAACAAACGCGGCUGUUCUAUGUGCCGAUGUCGUGCUUUCUGCGUGGACCACGUGAACGGCACGCAUCCGGAAGGAUCGACUUGGCAUCCGAACUCGUGCACCUCGUGCACCUGCGAUACGGGAGGGAAGCUUAGUUGCAAAGAGACUGUUUGCUCGAUAGCUUGCAACGAUCCGUUGCCUGCGAAACCUGGAACUUGUUGUCCGAUUUGUCCGAUCGCGCCGACGAAAGGAAACGGUGUGACGAACGGCGGCCAUCAUCAAGGCAAAGGAUGGGGCACAGUGCCGAUCAUCUUGAUCACGAUACUCUCCCUGUUCUGCCUGAUGCUCAUCGUCCACAUUCUUCACAGUCGAUUCCGAGCCCGUCUCUCACCCUCCGAGACUUCAUACUCCAUUUACCCUCCCCAGUACUAUAAAUGCGUGCCAGUGUAUGACACGCCGGUGCAUCGAAACGAGAAAAUUGUACCCUUGUAAAAGACUGUUUGACAAACCGGGGAAAACGUGAGAUAUUCUUGGACAGACGGAGUUUACGUGCGGCGGCGUCAAUAAGAGAAGAACGAAGACCAAACCGGGAGAAGCGUAGAAUGGAAUCGCACUCGCUGCCAACAAGUCCAAACUUGACGUUUUACCGGUCCAAGAUACCAUAUUGUAGAUUCAGUAUUAUUUAUAAGUAGCGGACGGUUUUACGAUUGUAAGAGAAGAUAACUGGGAUGUAUAGGCCGAUGCUUCGUGAACCACGACUGUCGGUACCCUCUCGAAUUCCUUCCCCAUCCCCUCCCUCCCCUUCCCUCCCUCGGCUCUAAUUCGAUACGAUAUCGUGUUACGAUAUGUAAAUUGUAAUACAAAAUACGAUAUGUAAUACAAAAGCUAGCGUAUCACGAGAAGGAUAUAAAAGUAUAAAUACGCUAACGAGAUAAACGUAGAUCCUAACUCGGUCGAGAAAAACGUAGAAGAGAGAAGCAGGUGUCUUUAGUCUAUAGUAUUAGUUCCCUCGAUCUCUGGACCAUGUGUUGUGUUUCGUAUCGCGAUUACGAAACUUCGUUGCUGUUCUUUGGCAAUAUUUGGACGAUUUUACAUCGGCUUUCUUGCGAUUUUUACAUGUUCUUUUUUCUUCUCUUUCCUUUGUUAUACACCAUUUCGACCAAUCUUGUUCUUUUUUCACUUAUUCUCUUUCCUUUUCCUACUUCUCUCUCUGUCUCUGUCUCUCUCUCUCUCUCUCUCUCUCUCUCUCUCUCUCUCUCUCUCUCUCUCUCUCUCUCUCUCUCUCUGUCUCUCUCUCUCUCUCUCUCUCUCUCUCUCUCUCUCUCUCUCUUUCUCUCUCUUUGUUUCUCCAUCAUUUUCGCUUUCUCUGACAAUGCGUGGAAUGUCUAGCUUUAUACGAUUUCAAGGGAACAGAAGAACGAUAUUAAAUUCACGGUUAAGCUAUGUAACACAUACUGUUCUGCCACAAGAUAGCUUUGAUUACGAAAUAGCGCAGCUUCAUGACGAAUUAAACCAGAAUCGUUUAAUUUUUCAUCGAUAGAUUCAAUCGUGCGUAAGAAAAAAAAAAAAAAAAACUUUCCCUGCUUUCUAUUCGUAUGAAUAACUAUCAUAUUGGUACAUUUAAUCCUCUAGAUUCUAGAUUCUCAUUUUACUUGAUUCUUUCUCUAUGUCUUUAUUAUAUUUUACGUUAUGUAUUACGCGUAACACGUAAAAUUAAACAUUUCAUCGAACGAAACUGCAAUGAAGCCAAAAAUAUCCCAAAUUUCGAAAUAUCUCGUUUCCAAUAUCUCGAUUUAACGUGUUUUCGAUAUACACCGUUUCGUUUUUUCUUGUACAAUUAUUUGUACAUAUUUAUCUAUUCGAGAAUCAAUCUAUUCGCUUUGUAUACUCUUGCGAUAUAAUUUAAUACUAUUCAAGUAUUAAAAAAUGUUACGCGUUCUACGAGAUCAUUCAUUUGUAUCGUGCUCGUUUUUAGACUCGAUAUCGUGCAACAACGAUAACGACAUAAAACACAGCCUAUUACUUACGAACUAUAAAAAAAAAGCGAGAGAGAGAGAGAGAGAGAGAGAGAGAGAGAGAGAGAGAGAGAGAGAGAGCGAAGCGAGAAUGAUGCAAAUAAUGCACUGUUGAAUACAUGUAAGUACAUAUAUAGUUAUAUUAUGGGUGAAAGAGAGAGAGAGAUAAAAGAAUGAAAAAGAAAAAUAAUUAUGAGAGAAGAUAUAGUAAAAGUACCGAAGGGAACAGAGAUUUUGCGAUGGUGCGUGUGUAUAUGAAUCGUGUAACAAAACAAUACAAGUGCAAACAAUAAUUUGUUUGCAUCUCACAGAGUCGAUACUAAUCGUUAUCGUUGUAACACGAAAUAACCAAUUGUCGUGCAAAUUAAACAUAUCUCUGUGCUUGGAGGGAAGCGCGCGCGCGCCUGCACGUAGAACCUCGUCUUAUCAUUCCUUCUUCCCUAAACUAACGCGUACAUAUAUUUUUCCAAUGCGACACUCAUGUCUUUAUUGUAUAUCGUCUCUAACCGUUUACCGUCUAAAUAAUGCUAAAUAUGUCGCGUAUGUGCGUAUUAGACGCGAACGCAGACGCGCGUCGUAUCUACCGUAUGUAGAACGAUCGUCGAUAAAUCGCAGACUGUAUUUCGUACGUGUAAAUGUACGUUGGAGACAAUAUGUAUCGACGACAGGUUCGUACGAUGUUCCCGUGACGCGCGACGUCGAUGCGCGAGCCUCGAUCGUUUCUCGUUCUUCAUCGCGUGCUCUCGCGUUCGAAUAAUAUCGCGAUUGCGCGACACCGAUAACAAACUCGACACGAUCGAAACAAAGACACUUAGUUCUCUUUUAGAAAACGAAGAAAUCGAAUCGGACCAAAAUUAUUCCAAUGUUUGCGCUUUUCGGCUAUUUUUGCUGUUUAUAAAAAUCAUUUUGCGACUGUAUAUUGAAAUGAAAAGGAGAUAGAGAGCGAAUAAUAAAAAUGGGAGGUAUAACGAGAAAAUCGCGACGUAACUAAAAUCUUGCGAGGAACGCUCGAGAUGCGAUGAAAAGCAGCCAAUCAAGGCCAUCGAGAAACGAAUAGUCUCGUGUUUGCGCGCUCUUUUUGUGUACAGUUUUAACGUAGCGAAAUGUCAUAUCAGUGUAACCUAGACUUAUUUAAUAUGUGCGAACUCGUAUGCAUUUUAAAAUCGUGCAUCGUGUUUAAAAAAUAGCUCUUGUAUGUUAAAUAAAACGACAUUAAAUAAAAUUGUUGAUAUGUGAUAUAUUGUAUACGAGUGGUAUG